CGGAGGGAGGGACGCUCGUAGAAAACCUGACAGGCUAGCUUCAAGCAGAGUAGCAGCUAGGCAAUUACAGAGGCGACGUAUCGGGAGAGGGUGGCCACCGAAACUAAUCAAAAGGGCCGUCCGGCACUUCAACCACCAAUCGAUUUUAUAAGCAAAGGCGAUCAAUCAGCCUGCGGUUAACCUUCGUUUGAAACGCGGAAGUGUAAUUCAACGUCAACGGUGUUUUUGACUUAUUAUCGGUGACACCAUGGCUGAAUGUGACGUUAGCAUCGACAAGAAUAAACUACCUGGAGUGAAAGAGGUGUGCAAAGACUUUGCUGUGCUGGAGGACCACUGCCUGGCCUACAACCUCCAGGAGCAAGAAAUUGAAAGCCACUUGGCGUCCAACGUCAACAAGAGCCGUCUCGUGCAGACGGACCUGCAGGUGGCCAAGAAGCUGCAGGAGGAAGAGGAUCAGAGGGCCAAGGGCCAGAACCAGAAACAGCACACUGACAUUGAGCGUCAAGACAAUGAGAUCGCCCAGGAGAUUCAGGAUCAACUGGUCCGACAGGCAGAGCAACAGCAGCAACAGGAAGAGAAGGAUGCGGCCAUAGCUCGUAAGCUGCAGGAGAAGGAGAUGAAAGAGGAGAAGAAGAGACAGAAGCAGCUGGAAUCUAACUUUGAGGAGGAGUACUUUGAGGAUCACGGAGGUCGUAUUGUGCACCGAGUGAGUGGAGCAGUAAUAACAGAAAAUGCGUACGGAGUGAGCGAGGCCACCAAGGGUUUGACAAAGCUGGAUAUCCGCGAGCAGGAGCUGAAGGACAUGGAGGUGGCCAGGAAAAUGCAAGAGGAUGAAAUCAAGGCAAGCAAGAUGCAUGUGCGGACAGCCCAGGUGGCGCAGGAUGAGGAAAUCGCCCGACUGCUGAUGGAACAAGAGAAGAAGGAGUACAGGAAGAAUCGAGAACGGGAGAACGAGAGAGAGCGGGAGAAGGAGAAGGAGAGGGAGAGGCUGGCCAUGGAGAAGAAGGCAAUGGAAAGGAGGCGGCCAGAGGGAGACCACAGGCCAAACUCUGAGGAAGUAGUCCGGCCCAGAACACGAGACGAGCAUGAACACCAGCGGCAGAGGAACCACAACAAGCCUGCCAAGCCUCCUCAGCCUCAUCAGCCUCAUGCUCACGACUAUGAGAAUGUGAACUCUGGCUACGGCUACUCGGACCUCCCUGCUCCCCCUCGCGCUCCCACCAGACCCGAGGCUGCUUACAAAGGUGCCUAUCACAGGCGGUGACUCAGGCUCUCUACCGACACGCUGUCAGUCCUCCCUUCAUCCUUUUUUUUUUUUUUUUUUUCAUAUAUUUUUCUUUGUUUUCAACCAUUCGCACUCGUUUGAUCAAAACCCUUGGGACAAUCUAUUGAGUGGGCAAUGGAAUUUCUUUUCUUUAAUACCUUCCAAAGUUGGCCCAGAGUAAAGGAAGUGGGGUCUGUGGGCGCUGGAACCACUCAUUUUUUUUUAAUUUGUAAAAUUGUGAUUAUUAUUUGUUUUAACUGACUCAACAUCAAGACAAGCCAGAAUAGCAGCCUUGUGACAUGAACUCCCCCUGAUUCUUAGCUGUUGAAAUAAAGGAACCUGACCUUUUAUGGUCAUCAUGUGCUGAUGUUCAUCCUAUCUGUGGACCAUUCCAUCACAAGGGCUCAAGGCCUCUUCUGGAUACAACCAUGCAAUCUUAAAAAUUCCUCAUGACUCUUCAUGGGACGUGCCUGUCUGGUCCAACACGGCUGCCACAGUGUCUUAAGAUACCAACAUGGCAGCUGCUUUGCACCCCCGUGCUGCAGUUCUGUUCUCUCGUCAUGCUGUUCACCGAGGCUACGCGAGCCCGAUCCACGUGCCAAACAGCGUACGACUGCUGAGGAAUACGCUUCUGUUAAAAAGAUAAGCCUUUAUCGAGAUGCUGGUAGCUUUGGCUUUGACAUGUUUUACCACCUUGUACCAGUGCAGAGGAGGCGGAGCUUUGUGAUCAUCUAUGGACAUUUAAUUGGCUGCAGGCUGUGUCUUCUUCUGCUUGUGAGGGGAACUUUGUAACCCCAUCACCCUUAAAACUGUGGAUGGAUGAUAUUCUGUGUAUGGCUCACUGUUUCUAUGUGCAUGCUUACUGAAAGUGUACAACUGUGUACAUGCAUUUCAGCUCUAUAUCAAAUGGCCCGGCUCCCUGUUUGUCUGAAAGGGCUAAAGCCACAAAAAGCCAAUCAUAUUUUUCUCUUUGUAAAUGAACAAACUGUUAGCUCAUAUACUGCUGUACAAUAUAUCUCUUUUCUGCCACCUUUUACAAUCUAAAACUGGCCCAUAAAAGAACCAGUACCAAAACGAAAUGCAUGUACAUUGCUUGUCUGUGUCAAACCUGAAUUUAUGCUUGUGCUAUUUGCUUGUUUUAUUUAAAUGUAAAUAUCCUUUUUGUUUUUUUACUUGUGCUACUGUAUUAUGUUCCCUAUUAUCUUGCGUCCCUCCACUUAUCUUUGUUCUGAAAAGGGAGCUUUAUAUUUUAUUUUUAUACAAUAUUUUGUUGUUUUUUCUCAGAUUUCUCCCUUAAUUUCCAUUCCCUCUCGCUCAGUUUUGGUUUUAUACUUUUUGUCUCAAGCUCAAAGGCAGACAUUACUUCCUGCCUGCAGUAAAGACAAACAUUCCCACAACAGAAGCACAUCUGGAUGGAGGGAAAUCAGUCUCCAGGUCUGCUGAAAUAUAUACUACUGCUUAAAGGGACCUAUUUUUGUGUUGGAGCUACUCCAGGAUCCAUUAUUUUCUGUUCAUAUUGAAUAAUAAGGUAAAUGAAGAGCACAGUACAGCCUUUGAGUUAACCGAAGUGUUUGUGAUGGCCACACAGUGAUUCAGUCCUUGAACAUUUAGUGCUGCUUCCAGGUUCUCACGUUAUAAUAAAUGUUGCUGAAAUUGUA